AUGGACCCUCUCAGCUUGACUGCGAGCGUGGUUGCUAUCGUCCAAAUCACAGGGGAAUGCAUGAAGCUCGCCAAGAUUGGUCCGUCAAAAUAUCAUCUUGCAAGGCUGAAGCAGAUUAACACAGACUUAUAUGGAUUCUAUGGCACUAUCAACAACUUACAACUGCAUUUGAAGAUCUGCGAAGAAGACCAAGCCAGACUCAGCGCCCUUGAUCAUCUUCAGGAGCCGUUGUCGCGGUGCUUGGAAGCCCUGAAACUGCUCAAGACUCGAUUUGAACACGAUGGCGUCUUCACGCAAUAUGUCAUGGGAUUACGGUUUGACAAGAAGCUCGAGGACUGUCUGCGGGUCAUCGCUGACGCAAAAUCACUCUUGGAGCUGGCUCUACUGUGUGAUCAAAGGUUCGCCACAAGCGCCGUUGCUGAGAAUGUCAUGCUAACAAGAUACAGAGUAAUAAUCAACGCUGUGGAGACAUAUGUCCGCAACACCGCCGAAGAGACUCGAAAUAUUCAGAAUGCGAUUGCAAGUACAGAACGAGUUCUUGCAGGAAUCCAAUCGCAGGUGAAACAGUCGUCCGAACUGACCAUGACUCUCAGGGAAGCGCAAAGUCAGGGUCUGGCAAAAGUCCAUGGCGCUGUUGGAAAUUUGACCUUGGAGAUAAAAGCACAAGAGACGAAAGCACUUCUGCAGAAACAAGUUGCACGCCGUUCUGCCGCCCUUGGUUGGCUUUCGAGCAUGGAUAUUCGCUCUAAUUACCUCGAUGUUCUUCGGGCAAGGGAACCUGGCACCGGGAAAUGGCUCAUAAGUCAUCCUCUGUUCCAGUUUUUGAUAAAUGGAGAGCUCCAGGCUCUGUGGCUGCAUGGGAUGCCGGGAGCUGGCAAAACCUUCUUGUCGGCAGCCGCGAUUGAUCAUUUGGAGCGAUCAUCCACUUCCACCAUUGCUUACUUUUUCUUCGACUUCAAAGACUCCGAGAAACAGCUUACAGAGGCAAUGAUUAGGUCGGUUGCAGCUCAGCUGGAGAAUGAAGCGUCACCGCACUGUCUCUCUCCGGAGCUGGAAUGCUUGUAUUCGAAAUGUUGUGGAUCUGGCAAAAACCGCGAGCCGACACUGGACGAAGCCGUCAACCUUCUCAUAUCCUAUUCGGUUGGGGAAUCCAGCACAUAUCUCGUCUUAGAUGCACUGGAUGAAUGCAGGGACAGGGUUAACCUGAUAUCUGUGUUGCGGAAAUUGAGGGAAAUCGCCCCUAACAUCAAAUUAUUCGUUACCAGCAGACGAGAGACUGACCUUGUAGAUGGUCUAACAGAAGACCGGUUUCAGGGGUCGCCUAUCGAGGGGGAUGCUCUAAUGGACAAUAUACGACUCUACAUCAGGUCUACCUUGGCUAAUGAUCGACUGCUCCAAAAACUGCCUGAAGACCUCAAAGACCAUAUCCAGCGUACCCUCGUGGAAGGGUCGCAGUUCCGCUGGGUCAGGUGCCAGAUCGACGUGAUUCGGUCUUUGAAACGGCCUAAAGCCAUCAAAGAGGCCCUAAGGAAACUGCCUAAGACGUUGGAUGAAACCUAUGAGAGGAUCCUCCUUCAGCUCAGUGAGACAGGCUCAGAGGACAGUACCGACUUGCUCCGAAAGAUAUUCAUCUUCCUUGCUUUUGGCAAACGCCCAAUGACCUUGCCAGAGCUUGCCCAGGCAAUCAUCAUUGACGUCGGUGGCCGCGAAUUCGACGAUGACAACGCAUUCCACAAUCCCGAGGACCUCCUGACACUAUGUCAACCCUUAGUCGCCCUGUCCUCAACGACCGGCUACCUAGGCUUUGUUCACUAUUCCGUUCAAGAGUUUCUGCUCUCGGACAGGUUAGCGAAAGCAGGAAGCGAGAUCAGCAUGUAUGCGCUUGAUCCCAAGACCUCGCAUACAGAAAUUGCUCGGAUCUGUCUCAGCUUCUUGAAUUAUGACGACUUUGCCUCUGGUCCCUGCACCUCAUAUGAGGACUUCCAAAGUCGAACGGCAAAAUUUCCGUUCUUGGCGUAUGCUGCCUCCGAAUGGCCAGAUCACGCCACGGAACAAGAUGUCGAAACAGAAUUGACCAGCUCAAUUUCACAACUUCUGAUCCCGCAGAAGAAUCCCAAGCUUGCCUCAAUGUUCCAGAACUCAUGGGAAUUUGGUGAAGCUAGAGGGGAUGAUGUAACGCUUUUUUGCACGUACCUAGCGGAAGAUGGGACGGAAAGGAUGUACGAAAGUAGCUAUAUGGUGAACAGUCUGACGUUUGCAGCGGUUGUGGGUUUGGACAGCGUCUUGGCAAGAAUAGAUGAAAGUGGAGCUGACAUCAACCUCCCAGGAGGACAUGCCGGCAAUGCGCUUCAGUGCGCCGCUUGUUAUGGCCGCCUUACCACGGCAAAAAUCCUCCUAGAUCUUGGAGCGGAUGCCAGCUUUGACAAGGGCGACUAUGGUCGGGGUACCCCUUUGAAGAUAGCUAUAAUUUCGGGCCAACGACAGAUGAUCGACUUCUUCCUGGAUUGGGGAGUGGAUGUGAAUGUAGGCGGUGAGGAGUACCACAAGCUGCUCAAGGUUGCUGCGGGUGAGAACGACGUACCAACCAUGCAACGCUUGAUCGAAGCCGGUGCUGAUAUCCAUCAUGGGGAAGACCAAGACGCGCCUUGGAAGGAUCCCUACGACGGUGUCACGGCUCUUGAAACAGCUGUGUCUCGCGGAAACAUUGAAGCAGCAUUAUUUCUUAUCGAACAGGGAGCUUCACUUGGUGAUUUCUCUAUUACUGCUAUGGCGGAUUGCCUGUGCAACGUGUGGCGCGGGGAGGGUAUGCCAAUAAAGAGAGUUGAGACUCUUAUGAAGGGUCUAGCCGCUCUUGGCCAUCAUGUCGAGGUUGAUGAUGAGGUUGAGGAGGGCAAGGUGGAGGAAGCGGAGGAGGCAUUCUGCUAUGAAAAGGCAGGUUUAAAUCAGCGAUCUCGACCAGUGAAGUUCCGGCUGAAAAUUGACCGGGCUUCCAGCGACAUGGAUCGUUGCGGAGCUUGA